AUCAUCACUGAUUGCAGCGGGGGCGUCUUCUCCCUAAUAACCAUCAUUUCACAGGCGUUACUUUAAAAAGAAAACAUACGUCGUAUAUAUGUAAGUUUAAUAUAUAUUUUGUGUUACGGAGACUCAUUUUCGUGUGAAAGGACCAUAAUUAAAGCCAGCUUCAUCUACAUCGACCCGGAGAAUCCCUUUGGAAAAAAAGUGGCUGGAUUCUUCUUCGCUGCCGCCUCUACCAGCAGGAGCGCAUUUGAUAUCAGAGACGGUACAACCAUGGAUCUGACCCGGGGAUUUAAAUUCUUGCACGCCGUGGCCCGCUCCGCCGCUCAGUGAAGAUGGAAAGAAAAUAAGCGGACUCUUAACAAUCGUAUCAGGUAGCAGUGUUGCAGCAUAAGGAUGCCACUGGUGAAGCGUACCAUCGAGCCCAGGCACCUGUGCCACACAGUGCUGCCAAGGAACAUCAAGAACGAGCUGGAGUGUGUGACUAACAUCUCUUUGGCCAGCGUCAUCCGCCAGCUCAGCAGCCUCAGUAAAUAUGCAGAGGACCUGUUUGGAGAGCUUUUCAAUGAAGCCCAUUCCUUCUCUUUCCGGGUCAACUCACUGCAGGAGCGAGUGGACCGCCUCUCCAUCAGUGUCACACAGCUGGACCCCAAAGAAGAGGAAUUGUCGCUUCAGGACAUUACCAUGAGGAAGGCCUUCAGGAGUUCUACUAUUCAGGACCAGCAGCUGUUUGAUCGCAAAUCUCUGCCGGUUCCACUGCAUGAGACCUUCCACACUUGCGAGCAGCCACCACCCCUCAACAUACUCACACCUUACAGGGACGAUGGGAAGGACUGCCUGAAGUUUUAUACCAAUCCAUCCUACUUUUUUGACCUGUGGAGGGAAAAGAUGCUGCAGGACACAGAGGACAAGAGGAAGGAGAGGCGGAAACAGAAGCUGGAAAUGCCUUAUCUUGUGUGUCCCAAGAGCCUUAUAAGAGCCCUCUCUGAAACCCCUCCUCCCUUCCUUACUCCCCCUGAGUUGCAGGACCCCCGCAUGUAUGAUCAGGUCUAUAGGUACUUAGACCUUCCAGGGCAGUUGAAGGCGAUCGACCGUCCACAGGAGCCAGAGAAGAUACCUCGAGCGCCUCACGAUCGGAAGAAGGAGUGGCAGAAACUGGCGCUGGGUGCAGAACUCGCCCAGGACAUACCCGAAGACAAACACAGAGAGGCCAACGGAUCUGCUGGUUACCACGACAACAGGGCUCCUUUGUACAUGGAGCAUUUGGAUGGGCCGUUCUCGCUGGCAGCGCUGCCCUACAGCCAGAUGAAUGAGCUGCUGAACCGCACCGGGGACAGAAUGUAUUCCCGACCUCACGACCCUCCACCGCCACCACCUCCCGUGCACCCUCUGGGAGAGAUCAAGCCACCCUCUGUGAUCAGCUCAAGUUCAGGUUUUUCCGACAGCAGACCUCAGUCUCCAGCCAGGACAGCAGGCCUCAAUUCCAGCACUCCCCCCCCUCCACCUCCCCCUCUUCCUCCACCUCCGCCCCCUUUACCUUCCACAGGCCUGCGGGGAACCCCUCCUCCUCCCAUUCCUCCCUUGCCAGUCCAGCAGCAGCCUCCAGCCAUCCCACCUCCCCCUGCUCCUCUCCAGAUCGCCCCAGGAGUGCUCCACCCGGCCCCACCGCCCGUGGCCCCUCCGCUCCACUCCUUAUCCCCGGCCCGCCUUCAGCACGUUCUGGACAAGGGUCCAUCUGCAGGCUCUGGGACUCAAUCGGAUGGCACCAUCUUGCCUCCUCCCCCUCCACCACCUCCUCUUCCUCUACCCGGAGCACGAAGUGCAUCGCCCUGCCUAUCAGGCCCUCCACCUGUGCCAGCCUUUCCCUCAGCAGGAGCCAUGGCCUCCCCACCACCACAUGCAAUGCACGAUGUGGGAACAAAGAGGCACCAUCCAGCCAACCUACCACCCAUCAGCGAUGCUCGCAGUGUCCUAUUGGAGGCUAUCAGAAAAGGCAUACAGCUGCGCAAAGUGGAGGAGCAGCGAGAACAGGAGGCUAAACACGAGCGGGUUGGGAAUGACGUGGCCACCAUUCUAUCGCGCCGCAUCGCCGUGGAGUACUCGGACUCUGAGGAUGAAUCCGAGUUCGAUGAAGGGGACUGGAUGGAAUGAAGGCUGCUGGGAAAAGAGAGCAGCGUUGGCAGCAAUGGACAAACAUGUUCAGGUGCCCCUCCCUCCACCAACACCCCACCCCUACACUCCGCUCCUCCCCAUCAACGAAGAGGAGCAUUGUUGUUGCCCACUCUCCUUCAGUCAAGCUUUUUUUUUAUUAUCUUGGCAUAUCUCUGUCUUGUUGUGGUUUGUGUUGGGCGGAGAGUCUCCGUCUUCAUGUCCCCCCUCGUCUGGUGUUACAAGAGAAGAUUUUUGCUUUCACUCUUCUCUGCACUGCCACAUGACCUUUUUUUUCAGAGGGAUUUCUUGAGAUGACGUCCCCCAUGUUUACUGUUAGACACAAAAACUUUUUGAAGCGCCACUUGAUUUUGUUUCUUACCUGUGCAUUAAUGUAAAAAAAAAAAAAAAAAACACAGCUAGAGAAGGAAAUACGAAGGCAUGUUGCAUUUAUCUUCAGUUCUCCAUAGUUUUGCCACCUGGUGGCUGAAGGCGGCAUUGGGUAAUGCUUCCUUUUUUUCUUUUUAUUUACCUCUUAUAUAAAAAACAAAUACAGUUUAGAAGGAUGGUGGUUUCUAAUUCUGAUUACUACAUGAAAAGUUUAAACACCAGCUGGUUAGAUUUUUAUUUCCACUCACUUUUUACCAGGACUGCUUACCACUAAGAGCAAACAGCUGAUUGUGUUGUCAUGUGUUGUUCAUUGUGUGGUUCAGUUGAAGUUGGGGAAGCAUAUGGCUGCUUUGACCACAUGUGUGCAUAUCCAUCCACUUACCUUUACCCCAGGGAAUCAUAUGCCAAGAGAGUGCAUUUUUUUUUGUCUGUCCAGGUUCAGAGGAGCCACUUCUGCCCAUAAUGACAUCAGGAAAUGUCAGAGAAACCGUAAGCCAUUGAUCUUUAGGUAUAAUCAGCUCCAAUCAUCUUCUCAUGUUUUUUUGCUGCAGAAAUUGACUCUGGAAGUGAUUUGAAGCUGUAGAUGCACAUCAGAAUUCCUGCCUCUUCUUGUCACUGAUAAAAAGUCAGUGUACACAGAAGAACCUGACCAACACCAGGUACAAACCAUUCAAUACCAUUGAAGGCAGCUUUUUCCUGUCAGAUCCCCCUUUACUGUGUACCUGCCCACAAACGAGAAGCUUCUCCUCGUUGUUCAGAAGAAGAAACUCUACGUGAUACUGCCUUUUUGAGGCCUCAAAGAGAAGGAUACAUUAUGCCUUGUUUUGGCUCAUUUUGAAGAAAAUGUCUGCCAUCCUUUUCCAUUUGUUUUUUUUCUUCUACUUGCCUUAUUGUUCGUACAAAACGUAUUGUUGAGUUGAUGAAUGUAUCGUGCUGUUACUACUUACUUGCCUGCGCUUGUAUGGAUUUGCUGUUUCUAUGUUUGGGGGGAGGGCACCAGGGGCAGAAACCCUGGUUUAAAAGAAGAAAAUGAUUAGAUCAUUACUGUAUAACAUGUAACUUAUGUAACUGUUGACUGUAACAGUUUGCUUGAAUUAAUAAAAAUCUAAUGUUA